CAUGCAACGCUUGCAUGUUAUAAGUCACUCUCCAAAUUCAACCCCGCGUUGGUCCGGCACUGGGAAUGGACAGGACAAACCAAGGUUGCGCUGCGCUGCUCGAACGAGGCCGAGCUGGAUUCGCUGCAAAGACAGGCGAAGAGCCUGAAUCUCCCCGCGCAGUCGAUCCGAGAUGCGGGGCGAACACAGAUUGCUACGGGAUCAAAAACGGUGCUUGGCAUCGGCCCAGGGCCUGCACGGUUGAUAAACCAGGUGACGGGCAAGCUGCGGCUGCUCUGA